AUGAACAGCAAUGAUUGUGAACGAAGAGGCAGUAGAAGUCGAGCUCUUACAAGAUCAUUAAGCUAUUCAGAAGCUAUUGGAAAUAGAUCUGGGAGAUCAUCGAUUGAAAUACCAAGCAUUGUAAACACAGAGGUUUACACGAAUGAAGAUAUCAAGAAACAGUAUAGAAUAUCACAGACGUAUGUAGAGGGCAAGGAAAUAACAUUCACGAAUUAUGACCCAAAUAACUUGAAGGAAUUACAGCUAGAAGAAUACAGCUCGCAAUAUACUACUGAUGAUGAAAAGACCGAUGAUGGUCUGGUAAUGACUAUAGACAUUGAUGUUGAAAGUCCAAAAUCAUCGGAUAAAAGAAAUACAUCUGACGCAUCAACACAACCUCUGGUCUACUCGAAUGUAUCUUCCAAUGAUUAUGAUACUAUAGAAACCAUUAAUAGCUUUAAUACAGGAGAAUCAAUAAUCCAGAACCAAGCACACACACAUUCAUAUACAAGACGUAGAAGAGGAAAAAAAUGCAGACGUCAACACGGACGGCCGGUACGAUCUAGGAGGGUAGUUAAUAAAUCCGGAGAAGAGAAUGUACCAGUAAGGAGUAACAUACCAUCGAAGUCAAUAAAAUAUAUGAGAGAUAUUGUCAACACCGUGAUCAAUAGUAAAUGGCGAUUCAUAAUAUUUAUGAUGUUCGCAUCACAUUUUAUAUUCUGGUUCUUUUUCGCUGGUGUCUGGUACGGAGUAUCUUCGUCAUAUCAAGACGACAUCGGUGAUGGAAAAGAACAUUGUGUGACUGGUACCUCGUCAUUCGCUGGACUUCUUAUGAUGUCUGUAGAAACUCAGAUGACUAUCGGCUACGGUGUAAGAUAUCCAAAUGAAGAAUGUCCGGAGGCCAUUUUAAUAAUGGUUCUAGAAAUUAUUGCUGGGACUGCGCUGUCAGGAGGUCUAUCUAGUUUGCUUUUUACUAAACUAGUUCGUCCCAAUAGACAUGUGUCUUCUGUGGGUUUCAGCAAAAAAGCCACUGUAUGUCUUCGCGAUGGUGAGCUCUGCCUUCAGUUUAGAGUGUGGGAUUUACUUAAUCUGCAUUUAAUUGGAAGUACCAUUACAGCGUAUAUGCUGAAACAAAUAAAAACUCUAGAAGGAGAACUCGUGACGAACUAUAUUCAUCAACUUAAAUUGAAGGAAGCGAGGGCUUUUCUUCUAUGGCCCAUAACGGUCGUACAUGUGAUAGAUCAUGAAAGUCCUCUUUACGAUUUAUCAGCGCAGGAUAUGAUAGACUAUAGGUUUGAAAUAGUCGUGUGUUUGACCGGCUCUUCAAAAAAUAUGGGAACAGUCACACAAAGUAGAACAUCGUAUUUAUCGAAAGAAAUAAUUUGGGGAUAUCGUUUUAAAAACGUUUUGGAAUACUGCAGAAAGGAAGAGGCAUAUAAAAUAGAUCUAGACGGAUUGAAUACAGUGGAACAAGUUGAAACGCCUUUAUGUAGCGCAAGUCGUCUUAAAGAAUUUGAGGAAGAUAUAAAAUCGGAACAGCUUUUAGCAACGCCAACCAAUAGGUCGUUGUCACCAACAAAUGUUUCUCUAAGUCAAGAAGAAUCAUCCACUUUAUAUGGAGUGGAUGAUUCCCUACCUUCUAGCGCAAAUAACUCCACAACCGCCACACAGAGGAGUAAUGGUUGGCAUUUUAGAAGAUACUAUCCCCAAAACAUGAAAGAACACGGUGUACAUACAUUAGUAUCGGCUAAAGCAGUUGAAUUGUAA